GCUACAGACUGACAAGCAGCUGGACAGAGACAGUUACAGACAGACAGCUACAGACAGACCGCACAUAAAUACUUAGCUAAUCCCUAGAGAUUGAAUUGGUGUUGAGGUUAAGGUUGGUGUUGUUGAUCAGGAAGGACAAAGGACCUGCAGAAAGAUGACUGGGCGAGUCCUUUCCUGGAGUACUGAACUGGCAUCUCAGCGGCUGUCAGUGAAGACCUGGCUAGACGACGAGUGUGAGAGGGCAGACAGCAACCUAAGUCACAUGAGUCGAGGCCAGUCUAUGUGUGAUGACACAUCUUCAGAGCUCCAGCGGAUGGCCGUCGUAGACCGGAGAGGACUUCACUCCCAGAACUCCAUCAGAGGAAGAGGAGCCUUGUCCAGGCUAGUCAGUUUGGUGGUGACUCUGAGGGAGUGGGCUCAUAAGAGUUUGGUUGAAGAGCAGGAGAGGCCUGAUUCUUUUCUAGAGAGGUUCAGAGGCCCUGACCUUCAGCCUCCACCCAGCAGGAUCAGCCCAUCACGACCUGAUGCUGAGCAGAUGGAACACAAUGACCAAAUACACACGAGAUCCAGUGUGAUGGUGUUGUCUCCAGCUGAUGACAUUUAUUACCACUGGCUUCUCAUCAUCUUCACUGCUGUCCUCUACAACUGGUGCCUCCUGGUGGCCCGGGCAUGUUUUGAUGAACUGCAGACAAGUGGCGCCAUCUUGUGGCUGGUGUUGGACUACCUUUGUGACGGCAUUUACAUAGUGGACACGGCUGUCAGGCUGCGCACAGGUUUCCUGGAGCAGGGUCUGCUGGUGAAGGAUCUGUCCAAGCUGAGGGACAGUUACCUGAAGACGUUACAGUUCAAACUAGACCUGCUAUCCAUUCUGCCCACGGACCUCUUCUAUCUGUCUCUGGGGAUACACACGCCACUCCUACGCUUCAACCGCCUGCUACGGUUUAACCGCAUGUUCGAGUUCUUCGACCGUACUGAGACCCGAACCAGCUACCCCAACGCCUUCCGUAUCACUAACCUGGUGUUAUACAUACUGGUGAUCAUUCACUGGAAUGCCUGUAUGUACUACUCCUUCUCCAAGGCCCUGGGUGGGUCUGACUCCUGGGUGUACCCCAACCAGACCACUCUGUCCCGGGGGUACAUCUACUGUCUGUACUGGUCCACCCUCACCCUCACCACCAUCGGAGAAACACCCCCCCCGUACGUGAUGAGGAGUCUGUUCGUGGUCUUCGACUUCCUGGUGGGUGUGUUGAUCUUUGCCAGCAUCGUAGGGAACGUGGGAGCCAUGAUCUCCAACAUGAAUGCUACGCGGGCCGACUUCCAGAGUCGUAUUGACCAGGUCAAACACUACAUGCAGUUCCGACACGUCAGCAGAGACCUGGAGCACCGUGUCAUUCGCUGGUUUGACUACCUCUGGACCAAUCAGAAGGUGGUAGAUGAGCAGGAAGUGCUGAAGAGUCUGCCCAAUAAACUGAGGGCUGAGAUCGCUAUAAAUGUUCACCUGGAUACUUUGAAGAAGGUGCGAAUCUUCCAGGACUGUGAGGCGGGGUUACUAGUGGAGUUGGUGUUGAAGCUGCGUCCGCAAGUUUUCUCUCCCGGAGAUUAUAUCUGCCGUAAAGGAGACAUCGGGAAGGAGAUGUACAUCAUCAAAGAUGGUCGUCUGGCAGUGAUGGGAGAUGAUGGAGUUACCCAGCUGGCUGUGCUCACUUCCGGGAGCUGUUUCGGGGAGAUCAGUGUCCUAAAUAUCCAGGGAAGUAAAAUGGGAAAUAGGAGGACUGCUAAUAUUCGUAGCCUUGGAUACUCGGACCUUUUCUGUCUGUCUAAGAGAGAUCUGACUGAGGCGCUCAGCGACUUCCCCCAUGCUAGAACCCAGCUGGAACAGAGGGGGCGGGACAUACUCAGGAAGGAGGGGCUACUGGAGGAAGUGGCAGGAGUCGGACUGGGUGCAGAGGAAAUGGAAGAAAAGGUGGAGAAGUUGGAGGCAUGUGUAGAUCGUCUCCAGACACGGUUGGCGCGGUUACAGAUGGAGUACGCCGCCACACAACAACGGUUGAAGCAGCGACUCACAGCCCUGGAACACAGUGUCGGCAACACAGUCACCGCUGGCAGCGGCUUUCUGUCUGAAGCCGACGGCAACGAAAGCGGCUGUGAAGAUGGAGUACGCAGUGAGAUCAACAUCACACUGUGACAACAAUGCUGUAAUGCCAUGAAGACCGCUACUUUUAUUAAUUUUACUGUCAUAAUAAAUAAAUAAAUGUUAAAUCUG